AUGGCGGAGGAGAAGCUGGCCGGCCUGGUGCUCCACCUCCUACCCGCGUACGUCGACCGCGCCCGCUUCGGCGCGGUCUGCCUGCAGUGGCACGCCGCUGCGCGGCAGCUCGCCGCGCCACCGCCGGUGCCGCUGCUCGCUCUUCCCGACGGCACUUUCUACAGCCUCCCCUGCACGGAGCCCUUCCGCUUCGCCGGUUGCGGCUUCGCUGGGUUCAAGAGCGCCUGCGGCAGCUGGCUCGUCUUCCCGCGCCACGACGGAUGCUUCCUGGCGAACCCGUUCUCCAGGGCCACUGUGAGGCUUCCUGCUUUGUCCAGCGUCCGUCCCAGUUGCCUCCCUAGCGGCGCUGGUUUUAAGCCUGUGGAACCCCUUACCCGCAUAUGGCCGCGCAUCAAGAACAGGAAAUCCCAGCUGAACAAGCUAACGUUCUGCUCACCCAACCUUGUCGCUGCAUUCGUCGACAGCCAUGGCCGUGGUCAGAUUCUAGUGUGCCAGCCGGGGGCUUCCUCGUGGUCGUCGGUUCCAGCCCACCACACGUUCAAGGGGUUCCAAGACAUGGCCUUCUACAAGGGCAAGCUCUACAUGCUCUCUUACCACGAGCAUCUCUCCGUCGUGGACAUCAGCCAGGACGAAGCCACGGGAGAUCCACAGGUUUCUCGAAUCGUACGGGUCAUCAACCACUAG